GCCCUAAUCUUUCACCUGCUUUAAACUUGCUGUGGAGCUGGGACAUGCUCUGACACCUUGGCUGAGCCCUCACCUCGUCCCUGUACAGUGUCCUGUGGGGAUAGCGAGCUGCCCACAAAGUGCAGAGGAUAGAAUGGUGGGUGCGUGCUGCUGCUGUCUCUUCCUUACACCACAGGCUCCUGCCACUCAGCACAUUUUGCCCACCCCUCCACAAUGGAACAUCCUCAAUACCCAGACACAUUCUAUUUGUUGGGAUCAGGAUGUUCUAGAACCUUGCCCUCUCCAAUGCCUCCCUCACACAGAACACCCUAGAAUAGCAGGAUUUUGCUGUGCCUGAACAAUGACCACUUACUCCAGUUCUGGGGCCUGACGGGAAACUAGGUCGUGACCAGGAUGCGGUGGCGGGACCGCGUCGCCAUGCUGUUCUUCCCUCCAGGACUGAUGCUCAGUGUAGCUGCACUCAUGCUCUUCUUCAUCCACAUGGGUGUCUUUGCCAGUGAUGUUCACAACUUCUGUGUCACCCACCACUAUGACCGCAUGAGCUUCCGAUACACGGUUGUGCUGACAUUCUCCCAGGUGAUCAGCAUCUGCUGGGCUGCCAUGGGGUCACUCUACGCAGAGAUGAGCACAGACAAGUUUUUUCGGUGCUUUGCUUUGACCAUCCUGAUACUCAAUGGAGCCAUGUUCUUCAACCGCCUGUCCCUGGAGUUUUUGGCCAUCAAUUACCGAGAGGAGAGCCACUGA